GUCGUCGCUCCGCUUCCACGGAGCAGCCAAGCCGUCACGGAGAGGGUCGGCGCGGCAGAGCGACGGAGAGCGGACGUAAAACGAAACCAACGCGUCCUGCGUGCGUUCAGGAGGCGCUCCGGCGACAACAUAAAUUAGUAACGCAAAGCUGCUGGAAACUGGACCGAGAAGUCCGAACCGGGACUCAGCGGACGGACUCUGAGGAUAUUUUUCUCUAGAGAAGGCCAGCCAGCGCGAAUAGGCUGCAGCAGCGCCAGCGAGGCGGCUCGGCUGCACGCUGGAAAUUCAAUUGGUGGAACCAGGGAGGGAGCCCCGGCCUUUUCCACUGCAGAAAACCCGACAGAGGAAGCAGCAGCAGCAGCAGUAUCUGCAGCAGCGGAGGGCCUGCUCUGCUGCACGGCAUGAGGGACUGGCUCUGCAGUAGGCACCGCUGCAGCUGCGCCGCUCGCUGAAGGCGGACACGCUGCAGGAAUUUGACAGAGAAGCGAGGAAUUCAGUCGGACCGGUCGCACAGCGGCGGCGCGUUUCCAGGGCUUGUCGUCGCCAUUCCUGCUCCGGGGGCCGGAGGGGGAGCGCACGCCGCGGCCCCUCGGCAGGCUCGCUGUGGAAAUGUAAACACAAGUCGGGCUGGAUUGUAAACCACGCACUCGGUCACACCUCCUCCGUCAGAGAUGGAGACGAAGAGGGUCGACCCGGGGGAGCAGGAAGGAGCCGCCGAGCCGCCCAUGCACAGCGUCCACGGAACCAACCGGAUCCGACCGUCCUCCUACCGGGCCCUGCGCAGCGCCGUGUCCACCUUGGCCCGCCUAGACGACUUCAGCUGCGAGAAGAUCGGGGCUGGCUUCUUCUCCGAGGUGUUCAAGGUGCAGCACCGCGUAACGGGUCAGGUGAUGGCUCUGAAGAUGAACAUCCUGGCCAGCAACCGAGCCAACAUGCUCAGGGAGGUCCAGCUCAUGAACAGACUAUCGCACCCCAACAUACUCAGGUUUAUAGGAGUGUGUGUCCAUGAGGGACAGCUGCACGCUCUCACAGAGUACAUUAAUGGCGGUAACUUGGAGCAGCUGCUGGGCAGCGACAUGUAUCUGUCGUGGGCUGCGCGGCUCAGCCUGGCUCUGGACAUCGCCCGCGGACUCAAGUACCUGCACAGCAAGGGCAUCUUCCACAGGGACCUCACCUCUAAGAACUGUCUGGUGCGCUUGGAGGGUGGCGUGUGCUCAGCUGUGGUGGGAGACUUUGGCCUGGCAGAGAAAAUCCCAGAUUACAGUGAGGAGGAGCCUUUGGCAGUUGUUGGCUCCCCCUACUGGAUGGCCCCAGAGGUGCUCAGAGGAGAAGUGUACAAUGAAAAGGUGGAUGUGUUUGCGUACGGGAUCAUCUUGUGUGAGAUCAUCGCGAGGAUACAGGCCGACCCAGACAUCCUGCCACGCACCGAGGACUUUGGCCUGGACGUUGAGGCCUUUCAGCACAUGGUUGGAGACUGUCCACCUUACUUCCUGGAUUUGGCCAUCGCUUGCUGCAAUAUGGCAGCGAGACUCCGUCCGUCUUUCUCCCAAAUUGUAGCCGAACUGGAGAAGAAGAAACGAGCUGAGAGAGAGCAGAGAGACGAACUUCCAGUGAAAGCCCCUGGGUCUCUGCGAAGGCCGUCCCUCUGCGACACGCUAGACCCGCGUCUCUCUCGCAGCAAGUCCGACAUGCUGCACCCUCUGGACCCUCAUCCCUGUGUCGCCUCGGCGCCCUCCACCCGGGUGAACCCCUUCUCGCAGCGGGAGGACCUCAAAGGAGGAAAAAUCAAGCUUUUUGACACGCCCAGCAAGUCUGUCAUCUCCCUGACCUUUACCCUGCCGCCUCCGCCGGACUGCGACGACGUUCCCACGUCCGACGGCGAGGUCGUCGACGUGCCCCGGCGGCACAGGCGGUGCCACUCGUUGCCGUGUACGCCUCCGCCGCACAUGGUGUCUGCGCCAAAUACCGUCCUGGCUGAGGAGUCGUCGAUGUUUGAGGUCAACAAUGUGAAAGACGGAGGGAGCGAAGAGGACAGUUUGUUGGGAGGGGAGGCAGAUAUUUCUCUGACGGGUGAUUCAGGUCUUCCGAUUGAACCAAUGUCGCUGAAUCUGGCGGACCAAGAGGAGCAGGACAUGGAGGAGGAGCCCAUGGACUGCACCGUCUCACCAGACACGCAGGACAUAUCGUCACCCCUUUACUCCAAGCCUCCACCUCCCUCUCACUCCUCGACUCCCUUUAAUCCCUCCACAUCUUCCAUGGCGAAAGGCUGGAGGUCGGCCAUCUCCAACGGGCCUCCCAGUCUGCCGCCCCUCUCCAAUCUGGACAACCACAAUGUGGUUGUGAGCCGGCCGCUCGGCUGGGGCGCUCCCACGGACACUCCCACCGCCAACAACAAUGGGUACCACUCCCCGCCCGCCGACCCAGCCGGCUCGUCUCCCUUCGGCUCCGGCAGUGGACACUCUCUGGACCAGGAGGAGGUCAUCUCCUGUCCCGGCUGUUGUCUGGCCGGACUCCGUUUCCCUUCGGUGUGUCUGAGAGCUCCGCCUCGUCGAAACCCCUACAAGAACUUGAACGGGGACCACACGGCGUCACGCGGGCUCCUCUGUCCGGGACCCAAGGGCCUGCCGCCCUCCCCUACCAUCAACACCACCAACGCCAGCCUGGAUCCAGGACUGACCCUGCCAGGAGCUCAAACAUAAAUCCUGAACUGUCAACACCAAAUGCAAAGCUCUUCCCUGGGAAUCAAGCGGGUCUUCUUAAAAUUUGCACAGAUUUUAAUGCAGCAAUACUUAUUUUCCAGACACAUGUUUUCUUUUCUUUUUUUGUUUGUUUGUUUUUUUGUUGCACAGGCGUUUGUGUGUCUGCAUGAGUUCAUUAAAAUACAGUCCAGACUUAAAAGAAACGACUCUCUCUCCAGGAAGCACUGUGAGACUUUGCUGGUGGGCGCCCUCUGCUGGACUGAGGGCGUCCCAACACAUAAUGUCAGCCUGUGAUUUGACUGAUUGGACUCUGUCGGCAUGUGAGCACUCCAGUUUGUGGCAGCGAGAUCCUGUAAAUUUACAGCUCUUAACGACUAUUAUUCCAGAUGAAACUGAUGAUGCUGAAAUGAGGAAUGUUAAGCUUAGUAUUAAUACUGUUGCAUUGAUGAUUAUUUUUGAUGUUUGGUGCCUGCUUCUGGAUGAGCAGGCAGUUAGUUUUGUUUUCAUGCGUUUAAUUAUCAAGAGGUGUACAGAUCAUUUCUGCGGCGCGUUUGGUAUGCGAGUGACUGUGUGUGUGGGUGUGGGUGUGCGCGUGUGUGUGAGGAGGAGUGUGCUGUACAAUGUUAAGACUGUUUUUGUUGUAUGAACUUCGUUGGCCCUUUUGGUUGCCUGGUUAAGCACUUCAACUGUUGAUAAGGAAACUGUUUAUCAUUAUAUUUGGGAAUGAAUGGUCAAAGACCUGCUUAAGAGAUGUACAGAUUCUUAUUAUUUAAAAUGGCAUUGAAUAAAAAGACGGACUGUA